AUGGCCGCCGCCGCCGCCACCGCAGCAGCAGCAGUCUCCUCCCCGGUUGCCCCACGCUCCGGGGCCGCCGCCGCCUCCCGCCGGGGGUUCGUCACGUUUAGUGGAGGCGCCGCCCGCUCCUCGCCCACGCUGCGGUCCGGCCGCGGGUUCUCUGGUGUGCAAACCCAUGUUGCCGCUGUUGAACAAGCAGUUUUAAAAGAUGCUACCAAGCUGGAAGCUCCAGUUGUUCUUGUUACAGGUGCCUCUAGAGGGAUUGGAAAGGCAACUGCUCUAGCCCUUGGAAAAGCGGGAUGCAAGGUUCUGGUAAACUAUGCCCGGUCCUCCAAAGAGGCUGACGAGGUCUCCAAAGAGAUUGAAGCAUCUGGUGGUGAGGCUAUCACCUUUGGAGGAGAUGUUUCGAAAGAAGCUGAUGUAGAAUCUAUGAUGAAAGCAGCUCUAGAUAAAUGGGGAACAAUAGAUGUGCUGGUAAAUAAUGCAGGGAUUACACGAGACACAUUAUUGAUGAGGAUGAAGAAAUCUCAGUGGCAAGAUGUAAUUGAUCUGAAUCUUACAGGCGUCUUCCUGUGUACACAGGCUGCAACAAAAGUAAUGAUGAAGAAGAAAAAGGGAAAAAUUAUCAACAUUGCAUCUGUCGUUGGCCUUACUGGCAAUGUUGGCCAAGCUAAUUAUAGUGCAGCCAAGGCUGGGGUGAUUGGUUUCACGAAAACAGUUGCCAGGGAGUAUGCAAGCAGAAAUAUCAAUGUGAAUGCUAUUGCACCAGGGUUCAUUGCAUCUGAUAUGACUGCCGAACUUGGAGAAGAGCUUGAGAAGAAAAUCUUGUCAACCAUUCCAUUAGGGAGAUAUGGCCAGCCAGAGGAAGUUGCAGGGCUAGUCGAGUUCCUGGCCCUUAACCCCGCAGCUAGCUAUAUGACCGGACAGGUGCUUACAAUUGACGGAGGAAUGGUAAUGUAA